AUGGAUCAUGAAGCCGCCCAGCUGGAGAAGCAGCAUGUGCAUGAUGUGUAUGAGAGCACCGCUCCUUACUUCAGUGACCUGCAGAGUAAAGCCUGGCCUCGCGUCCGCCAGUUCCUCCAGGACCAGAAGCCCGGCAGCCUCAUCGCUGACAUAGGUUGUGGAACUGGAAAAUAUCUUAAAGUGAACAGCCAGGUACACACUCUGGGCUGUGACUACUGUGGGCCAUUGGUAGAGAUUGCCCGGAGUAGAGGAUGUGAAGUCAUGGUAUGUGACAACCUUAACCUUCCAUUUAGGGAUCAGGGCUUCGAUGCCAUCAUCUCCAUAGGAGUCAUACAUCACUUCUCUACAAAGCAAAGAAGAAUCAGAGCAAUUAAAGAAAUGGCUCGGGUCUUAGUUCCCGGGGGUCAACUGAUGAUCUACGUUUGGGCUAUGGAACAAAAGAACCGUCACUUUGAAAAGCAAGAUGUGCUUGUUCCAUGGAACAGAGCCUUAUGUUCCCAAGUCUGUGAACCCAGCCAGGCUGGGAGAAGGAGGCAGAGUGGACAGGCAGAAACCAUCUCUCCCUCCCAUCCCCCUUGCUCUGAGUGUAGUUGUUCUGUCUGUUCCAAAGAAAGAUGUGACUUAAAGCAGUCCCACAGCAUGGACCACUACAUGGCUCAAACCUGCUGUGCAAAUAUUGCUAAGGAGGGUGAGGAAGAAAAUGGAUUCUACAACACAUUGGGAAGAUCUUUUCGCUCCUGGUUUUUCUCCAGAUCUUUAGAUGAAUCAACGCUGCAGAAGCAGAUUGAAAGAAUGAAGCCCAUGAAAAACACAGAAGGUUGGACCAAUAGCACCAUCUCAGUUCAACCUUCCAGACAUUCUAGUUUAGACUUAGGUCACCAUGGGCGAUUUUCAGCAAAAGGGCAACAUUUAGAUGAAGAAGUAUUUGUGGAAACUUCUUCCCAGAAAAACUUGCAAUGGCUGAGGGCACCGAGCACACAGAAGCCUUUAAAUGGAGACCAGCAAGGAGAAUUGCGGAGAGAUAGUGGAGAGGGUCAUUUACUGAAUAGCACCAAUGCCAAUGAGAAUAGAGCCAGUGCAGGUAACUUAGAAGAAAGAAACUCUUCUCCUACUAAAAUGUUGAGAAAGAGUUCCACAGUUGAUUCUACAGAUUCCAUGCCUGAUGAUGCAAUAUCUGUUGAACAGCAGGACAUUUUGGAUUCGAGGUCCUUCAUGCGAUACUACCAUGUAUUUCGAGAAGGCGAGCUCUAUGGGCUGCUGAAGGACAGUGUGGCAGAGCUCCGUAUUCUGAGCUCUGGGAAUGACCACGGCAACUGGUGUAUUAUUGCAGAGAAAAGGGGCAAUGAGGACUGA